GACUGUCUGUAGACGGAGAAUUUGUCGUACACUUCAAAGGACCGCAAAACACACAUCACGUUAAAGAGCUGCGUUGCUUCCAUCCUGAUUAGAGAGCGACAGACAGUCCGACAGCACCUCACAGCCGGCAUCUGAGCAAAACUGGCAAUCUAUUAUCUAAGGAUAAAGGGACUGGACGCCGGUUGACUGUUUAUUUAGAAGUGCUGUCGAGCAGAAACGAAUCUCCUUCCUGGAAAGAUCUCGUGCCGGAUUACACAGCACCGCAAUGCGAAUGUGGAGCGAAGAGACGUUUAAAGCAGCACAACUGCAUUUAACAUGGGCGAAAAUAGAGGAACUAGCCGCCACACAGACAGCUGAACCGUGAGAAAUGUUCUCUGUUCCAAUUCUGAUUUAAAACGCCGCUGCGAGACUGCAUGAAACGGCUUUUUUCGAGAUCAUCAACUAAUCUAACGUUCCAGCAGUGCAUCUUCAUAUGAGACAGCACGCGAUCUGGCCGAUGAUUUAUCACGGCGGAGUAUGAAUAAUACACUGAGGGGUGGCACUCGUUUUCAGUGACAGGUCGGUGUCCGACCGUGUCCCACAUGACCUACUUUCAAAAGCUUUAAUGCGGGAGAUGCAGCCGCAGUGAGAUCCAAAAGAGACCUUCCGAACUGAAAAGCAGCUCACUAUUUGCUCAUAUGUGUGACCGAAGUCGUGUGGACCUCAGGUGACAUGAACGUCACGGCCGUAUCGUUCACUUGGAAGACUUGAACAGCGACAAAGAGGCUUCCUCCGCGAUUGCUUUUUAAUUUAUUAUUAAUUCUUUAAAAAUCGUAAUUGUUUUAAGACGAAUGUACCAUGCAGGUAAAACUAAAGACUUGACCUAACGGAAAAAAGGGACCCUGGAGCCAUUGACCUUUGCACUUGCAGCAGCAGGAUUAUUUAUUUCAGCUAAAACCACAGUCAUUUCAGCACAUCCUGAUGGGAUUUGGAUUGAGCCAUGAGAUUUUUGCCAUCUGAAAUCUGCACAUGAACUCCAUAAAAGCGUCUAAAGGAUUAUCAAAAUGACAGUUGUCUCUGUGAUGUCAUCGAGUUUGAUAGUCAAGCCUUCUCUAAGCAAUACUAGUUAUGUAACGAAUACAUACAACAUCGUAGUGCUAGCUAUACAUGUUAUCAGUUCAGUGAAUCUAAUUCAACAAUGAUUCUAAGCUCAGGAGGUAUUUUUAUUGCUAAUCAGUGAAUUUAUCUCUCGGUCCAGUCAUGUGGUCACUUCCAUUACUACGUCACACUGACGUUCCACCAAGAGUGACUGAGAACUUCAUUCUGUCUGGUUAUCGUUUCCCCAACUACAGUCUAUGGCAGUGCCUAGUCUCUGCUUUUCGUCCCACCAAUGAGACUGGAAACUUCUGGACACACUUCCUCCCCAUCUUCGUGUUCACCUUUCACUUUCUGGAGGUUUUCACGUGGGAAGAUGCGCCUGAACCUAGCAAUCCUUUUUUCUACCCUUUCUGGAACUACUUCCUGGGGGUGUUGUACCUGCUGCUAGGCAGCAGUCUGGCUCAUCUCCUCAACUCCAUGUCACUCAUCAUUCGUGAAAUCUGUUUCUUUGUGGACUAUGGGACUAUUAGUGCGUAUACAGUGGGUUCCUCACUGGCAUAUUACUACUACAUCCAUCCUCAAGCAGGAAUACCAGAGAUUGGAUUUGAGGGACAGAACUCUACUCGAAGGCAGAGCCUGAACUCUGAUGAAGAGUCUUGGCCCUCUGCAUCUUCUCCCACUCAGGUCCAACUCUUCUUUGAAAGCCUCUACAUCCCAUCCUCCUGUCUGGUCGCUAUCAUAUGCGUCAUCACCUGCUGUAACACCAGACAGUGCUGGUGGAAGUACCGAUAUGCUGUCCGCACCCUUGUCUUCCUCCUUCCAUUUUUCGUCUCCUCCACUCCUGUCUUCUACCGUCUCCUGAGUCCCUCUGCGAGCUCUCUGUCAUCCUCCUCCCCUCAUCUGUUCUCCACCAUGGCUGCCUUCUUCUACCGCCAUUGCUUUUGGCUGGUGGUAUCUGCCCUCUUCAAUAUCAGUAAGAUCCCAGAACGUUUUUCUCCAGGGAACUUUGAUAUCUGGGGUCACAGCCAUCAGUGGUUCCAUUGCUGCACGUUCCUGUCGAUACUGGAUGAGCUGCAAAUGAUCAAAGUGGAGAUGUGGGCCCUGCUUCUCAACCCAACUUUGGUACUAUCAUCUGCAACCCCACCCAGGCUUCCUGGACCAACACUCUGGUCCACCUAUGGGGUCAUGGUGCUCCUGCAGGGAUGCAUAGCAUGUAUCAUAGCCUGGUUUGGUUGGCAGGCAUAUCAGAUCUACCAACCAGAGCAAAAAAAGCUAAAGGGACAUUAGGAGGCACUGCAUGCUGGUCAGGAUUAAAGUUCUUGUUUUGGAUUUUACUUUGAAUUAUGUUUUAAUGAUUUCUGCAGUAUCACUAAAAUGGAUUGGUCACCCAAAAAUGAUAUUUUUUCAUUAUUACUGAACCUAACGUUGUUUAAAAAUUCAUCUGGCUUUCUUUCUUUUGCGAAACACAAAAUAUUAGAUUUUUUAUGAAUAGGACCCAGAACUUUCAAGCUCUAAGAAGGACAUGAAAUUAAUCCAUAUGACUACACUGGUAUAUUCCAAGUCUUCUUCACUUUGUACGAUGAAGAGAUCAAAUCUUAAGCCUUUGCGUUCCACAGAAGAAAGAAAGGUUUGUCAUGAAACAAAGGUGUGUAAAUGAUGACAUAAUUUUCAUUUUGGGUGAACUGUCCCUUUAAGUUUGAUAUAGCCGCAGAAAAAAAGUGCACCGUAGGCAUUAAUUGACAAAAACUGUGAAUGUUUUAGCAGGUUUCAUUGUAAGGACUUUGGAGGGAGGCUGUUUUUUGCUGUCAGGUGGUCAAAGUCCUUGCUACUCUGUAAUCAGCAAGCUAACUCUGCCACGUUUGCUCCCUAGGGGCUGUAUUGCUGAGCGAACUUUCAAGAAAGUUCAGAAAGGUUUCACUCAAGAGGGGUGCAUGACGCAUGAUGCAUUAUUGCAUUAUUGAUACUAGGACACCUUAUAUUGUAACACUCUUCAUCACUGAAAUUCUCUUUCUCAGUCUAUCUAUUUAUCACUGUCUCGUUUUUUCUCUCAUCUGCCCACUCACAUUUCCACCCUCUUUUUAACAAACCCUUCAAACAGGAAGAGCAGACAAACACAAAUAGGAUUAGCCAAAAUGUUUGAAACAAAGGGAAAUGAAAGUGGUGUUUACAUGCUGCUUUUACAUCACUGUAGUGCUAAACUACACCCCUUCACAGUUUUUAAUAAACAUUACAUUUCACUCUAUAUUGUCAUUACUAUAGAUUAUAGACCUUAAUUAAGGUGUGUGGCAGCAUAGGUAGUAACUGUAGAUUUCAGUUGAAAUGCUAUAUUUUAAUCUACUGUAACUAUGCAUUGUUAUUGAUUGUAUACGCUUCUCUAUGACUUGACAUUUGAAGGCCUUGGCGAAGACAAAGCCAUACCAUUGUUUGAAAAACAUAUCAACAAGUACUGUUUUUACAUGUAAAGGCCAGUUUUGAAAAACACAGGUUAACUGUAGUGAUGCGCUACACAAAAAUGUCUGUAGUAAAUCGUAGUUAUUAAUAACUUCUAGAAAGUGUAACUUGUUGUACUGCAUACAGCCUUGAGUUGUCACUGGUCUUUCUGCUGAGUAGUUUAAUUUUCUUUCAUCCAAUAAGAUACUUUCAGUAAGUGGUUCUCUUAUAAGAGAGUGUGAAAAGUGCUUUAAUGAAACACCUGUUGACAAAACAUACAGGUUAUUUAGUCUGAGAGAUUGGUGUGGUUUAACAAUAUAUGUGAAUUUCUUUGUGAACAUGUCUUUCUGUUGCUGUGAAUGACAAAUUGGGGUCAUUGAUGAAUCAGAUGUAGUGGCUGUCAAAAAAGAUGUUAUGUCUUUGUUGUUCUGUCCUCCAAUUUCAAAGUCAGUUAUGCCGAAUAAUUGCAAUAGGUGUAAGGACAUAUUAUAGUUUUUUUUUUUUUUUUUGUCUUUUAUGUAUUCCAUCAUUCACAGGGAUUCAUUAGUUAUUCAUUAAAGGGAUACUCCACCCCAAAAUGAAAAUUUUGUCAUUAAUCACUUACACCCAUGUCAUUCCAAACCUGUAAAAAGCUCCGUUCAUCUUCGGAACACAAUUUAAGAUAUUUUGGAUGAAA